AUGCUGGGGUCGCUCUUGGAAGGGGCCAAGGCAACCGUCCGGCGGGCCGGGUCUGCGGAUUCCUCCGAAGACGAAGGACGAGCUGCGUUCAAGGAGCCCUCGCCGCCUCCCGAGCCCGAUGGGUCCCUGCGCGACGAUGGCCUUCAUGUACGACCUCCACACCAGCUUGCUGUAGGAGAACAAGUGGCGACAGCAUCUGAAGGCGGGGCUGCUGGUCGUGACAGGGACGUGAGCUCGUCGGUGUCGCGGUCUUUCUCUCUCCUGAGGGCUUCCGGGGCGCGGGCCAUGCUCCCUGUAAAGAUGGCUCUUAGCGGCGACCCCGAGGCCGUCGAGGCGCGGGAAAGCCUGACCAAGUACAAGGCAACCUUGUCUGCGGCGGUAGCGGAAGCGGAGGGCACGACAACCUCAAGGCGGGAGGAUCUGGAGCUGUUGACGGCGGCGCUGGCGGGCCAAGAAAGCGACCUACGGUGCUGGGGCUACGUUUCCGUCCUUGCGUCUUUCAAGGAACACCGACGAAGGGAGACUAACCGUGCUCAGCUGCGGGUCGGCAUGUCGGAGAGGCGGGAAGAAGUGAUAACCGCCAAGCUACAGGAAGUCGGCCGUCUGCUCCGCUCCAUGCCGAUCAUCGGACCCUGGACUAACAAGCCAGCGGGGGCGGAGACGGAAUCCCUCGGGUUCCGCGGAGGGAUCGGUGGUGACGGCCAUUUUUGGGAGGAGGCGUUCGCUGUAUCUCCGGGAGAUCUUCUCGCCUUCGACGAGGACCUCGCGUUGGCGAGGCAGCGGCUGGUCGCGUGCGACCGCGCUUGCGCGGCGGCAGCGGACGCUUUCGCGAUGAAGGUUGUCGCCGCUGGAGGCCUGGAGCCAAGGUCGCCUGAGGACAGAGCGCAAGCACUCCUGUCCCUGUUGUCCCGGUACCACGUGCUCGAACUGGGGGAGUCCGUAGUGUCCGGGGAAGAGGAGACUGGACAAGACCAACCCACCGUUAAAUCCUCACCUCAAGAUCUUGGAGGGACCCAGGUCGAAGAAGACCGUGAAGAAGCUGGCAAACAGCAACCGCGGGAAGAGGAGGGGGAGGCCGAAACCCGCAACCCCGAAACGGAACGGGUUCCCGCAGAAAAUACGGGAAGGCCGAUCGAAAGAAGAAAAACCGUCGAAGAUGAAGCCGACCAAGGCAAGCGGGUUGACGAACAAGCCAAUGCCAGUGGUACUAUCAGCACCGGCGUCCAGGACGAGCAAGCAAAGGGAGACGAGGGCGAGCCUCACAGGGGAGGUAAGUCGACGUCACCCGAAGGCGGUGAUGGGACGUCACCCGAAGACGGUGAUGGGACGUCACCCGAAAGCGGUGAUGGGACGUCACCCGAAGGCGGUGAUGGGACGUCACCCGAAAGCGGUGAUGGGAAGUCACCCCAAGGCAGUGAUGGCGGCGACAGCCGCGGUCGUGACCACCCCCCUCGCGCGGAGAGCGACGAGAGUCGUCGGAGUGUGGACGGGUGGGGCCCACCCGCCGGGAGCGCACGUUUUUCCAGGCUUGGCCGAAAGGACUGCGAGGUGGCGUUUUCCGAGCUCAUGCUGGACGAGCGGAAUCGAGAAGGGCGCCUGCUGCGGCGCUUCCUCACCAUGGCGCAGGCCGACAAGUCCCCGCCACCACCUCCUCCUCCUCCUCCUCCACCCUCAUCGUCGAAUCCGGCGAAGAAGACGACAACAAUGUCAUGGUCGUCUUCCGGAGGCGCUACCGGGACCGGGGGCAAGGCGACCACGCUCGCCACCACCGCCGCCAGCAUGUUCUCCUCGAUGCGCCGGAGGGCAGCGCGCGGUAGCAACGCCAGCGGGGGUUCAAGCGUGAAAGCCGGCGACGAUAAGAACGGGGCGGGGGCUGCUAAGACUACUGGCAGGGAACCGGGAUCGGCAACGACGGCGUCGGCAACCGUCGGGAAGACGGGGGCCGUCACCGGGGAUGGCGAGGAGGGGGAAGGGCCGGUGGGCCCGCAGGUGGUCAAGGCGUUCAUCAACUACUUCUCGAAGGAGUACCUGGUGAACAUGUUCGACGUGCCCGACUUCCUGGUGCCGACCAUGACGGGGCUCGUGGCGUUGCUGGUGUUCCGGCAAGCGAGGAGACUCGUGUUUGGCUACGACCGGCGCCGCGUGGCAAAGAGCGAUGAAGCCUGGCGGGAGAAGGCGAGUGCUAAGACAGACGAGAGUACAUAG